AUGAGUUCAGUUCCGAAAGUGGAAAGUUUUAACAUUGUUCCCUCUGUGAUGGAGAGAAAGCUAGGACUGUCAAAUAUGGGUAGCCCGCUUGAGCAGCAUGGCCCAUCAAUAAGAAGAAAAAUUGGUGGUGAAACAGUAGCAGUGGUAGUGAGGAAUAGCUGUAACGAUUACACAGUAGGAGUGAAAGGUGGUGAGAUUGAUCGUAAAAUUAGGCAUGUCUCGUCAAUAGGGAAGUUUCGAUGUUUUUCUGUUCUGGAGUACAUAUGUGGCUUAUUGUCGGUGGCAGAAGGACUAAAGCUUAAACGGGAUGACAUUACAAGAGCUAAAGUCCAAACUACUAAGUUUAGAGACUAA